AUGCCGACAGAAAACGUCAUCUUAUCAUCACCAGCCGUAUGGGAAUCCUGGAUUCAAAUUAUCCAGGCAAAGGCCGAACGAAAGGGAAUAUGGGGCAUCAUCGAUCCAUCAACAGAUGCGAACGCCGAUGAACAACUUCCAAAACCUACGAAGCCUGCGCCCCCGGAAGCUGAUGAAAAUACGUUCGCCGCGCAAAUGACCUGGAAGAUGGCAUACGAUGAAUACAAGGACAACAAGACCUACGGCAUCUCAGCAGCACGCGAUCUACUUGCCAAACUCGAGAAAUCCAUUGCGCCAUCGGAUGAAGCACGCCGGCACGAAAUCUACAACCUAUGGCAGAAGCAGAAGCACCACCCCACGGAACGAACCAUAGAGAAAUGGCUAAUGGACUGGGAAACGUUUUACAGUGAUGCAUCAAGACUACAGCUGCCUGAGGCCAUCGGCAACCGUGCCCAAAUUGACUUUCUACUGUCCCUAAUGGGAAAACAUCCAGAAUUUGCAGGCUACUGGCGCCAGGAGAUUGCACGCCGAACGGAUGCUAAGGAAUCAGCACCUAGCCUAGCGGAUCUAGUCAGCAAGUUCCGAAUACAGCGACACGAGAAACUAGCAUCCCAGGGCAAGGAUCCCCACUCGGCCUACGCCACUACGUUGCAGGGCCAGGAAAUCAAACCAAAAGAACAAGCCGAUUCCCCUAAAACCCUGACGCCCUGCCUAUGCGGAGAAACCCAUCUGUGGCGUAACUGCCCAUGGAUGCAGGAAUUCAGGAAAAAGUGA